GAUCCUGAAUCAAAAAUUGGAUCAACAUCAAAAUUAUACUUAUAUUUGUGUAUUUUUUUACACUUUUCCUCUCUCUGUCCAAGACGUUUAAACUCUAAACCCUAGAGGGUACCGCUCGUAUCUUCUUGUUCUAGGGUUUAGAGUUGGUGUUAUAUAGAGAGGAGAGGAAAGGAGAGAGAAGUGGGUGAAGAGCGACUGUUUCGAAGAAGACUUCUGAGAGAGAGAGAUGAAACAGAGGAAGGAAGAAGAGGCUUGGAACAAGAAGGUAGAAGAAGAAGACGAUGAGCAUCAAGUUGAACCAGCCGCCAUCGAUUCCGAUCCCGAGAGUGAGGUUUUCAGCGAGGAUGAUGACUCAUUGAGUGAAUCUGGAUCAGGGUUGAGUGAAUCCUCCGAAAAUGAGGAGACUCUUAUCUCAGGUGACGACGGUUUCAGUGAUGAUGGUGGUGAUGACAGCGAUAAUGGUCAACAAAGUGAAGGUGAAGGUGAAGGUGAUGAAGUCCAUGAAGGAGUUGAAGAGAGUGAUUCAUCUGAAGAUGAGGUUGCUCCUCGAAAUACAGUUGGUGAUGUUCCUUUAGAGUGGUACAAGGACGAGGAACACAUUGGAUAUGACAUUACUGGAAAGAAGAUUAAGAAAAAGGAGAGACAAGAUAAACUGGACUCCUUUCUAGCCAGUACUGAUGAUUCAAAAAAUUGGCGCAAGAUAUAUGAUGAGUAUAAUGAUGAGGAAGUGGAGCUUACAAAAGAUGAGAUUAAAAUUAUCCGCAGAUUGCAGAAAGGGAAGGCACCACAUGCUGACUUUGAUCCGUAUGCGCCUUACGUUGAUUGGUUUGCCUGGGAAGAUGCCAAGCAUCCUCUUUCAAAUGAACCAGAACCAAAGAGACGCUUCAUUCCUUCAAAGUGGGAGAGUAAAAAGGUUAUUGAGUAUGUAAGGGCAAUUCGAAAGGGGUUAAUUAAAUUUGACAAGCCAAAAGAAGAACCACGAUUCUAUCACCUGUGGGGAGAUGAUUCUAGUUCAACAGAAAAGGCGGGGCAUGGAUUGGCUUAUAUUCCUGCGCCAAAGCCAAAGUUACCAGGCCAUGAGGAAUCCUACAAUCCAUCUUUAGAAUACAUCCCAUCACAAGAAGAGAUUAAUUCUUAUCAGCUCAUGUUUGAGGAAGACCGACCUAAAUUUAUCCCAAAAAGGUUUACGUCUUUAAGAAGUGUCCCGGCAUAUGAUAAAGCUGCGAAAGAAUUCUUUGAUCGUUGUUUAGACCUAUACUUAUGCCCUAGAGCCCGCAAAAAACGUAUUAAUAUUGAUCCUGAGUCUUUAAAGCCCAAGCUUCCAAGUCGUAAAGAUCUUAAGCCGUACCCGACAACAUGUUUCAUUGAGUAUAGAGGUCAUACCAGUGCAGUUGUGUCAAUUUCGACAGAGGUUUCUGGCCAGUGGUUUGCUUCUGGUUCAAGUGAUGGAACUGUACGCAUAUGGGAGGUUGAAACUGGAAGGUGUCUCAGAGUCUGGGAGAUUGGUGAAGCUGUGAAGUAUGUAGCAUGGAAUCCUUUGCUUGAGCUUCCUAUCUUGGCAGUCGCUGCGGGACAAGAUGUGUUUCUUUUGAACACUGGAUUGGGGAAUGAAGAAGAACAGAAAAGGAUUAAAGAACUUUUUCACGUCGAGCCACCUACAGCCCCAGGUAAUAGCACAUCUAUCUUGAGCUGGGCUAAAGAUGACAAGCUCGAGGGAAUCAGAUUAACACAUUUUAAGUCUGUGUCAUCCGUUGAAUGGCAUCGAAAAGGAGACUAUUUCUCUACAGUAAUGCCAUCAGGUGAUUCAAGAGCAAUAUCAAUACACCAGCUUUCAAAGAAAGUUACCCUAAAAAAUACGUUCAAGUUGCAUGGGCUUCCAGUUUCGUCCUUUUUCCAUCCAACUCGUUCGAUCUUUUUCAUUUCAACGAAGAAGAAUGUCCGUGUGUAUGAUCUGUUGAAGCAGAAACUCAUCAAGAAGCUUGAGACUGGGGUCCGUGAGGUCUCCUCCAUUGCAAUCCAUCCUGGUGGUGAUAAUGUUAUUGUUGGGAGCAGAGAAGGAAAAUUGUGUUGGUUUGACAUGGAUCUUUCAUCUCAACCUUACAGAAUUCUCAAAUGUCAUCCAAAAGAUAUUACCAAUGUGGCUUUCCAUCGUUCCUACCCUCUAUUUGCUUCAUGCUCUGAUGAUUGCACAGCAUACAUUUUCCAUGGCAUGGUUUACUCGGAUCUAAACCAGAACCCUCUUAUUGUACCUCUGGAAAUUCUCCGAGGCCACACAAGUUCAAAUGGACGAGGAGUGUUGGACUGUGAGUUCCACCCAAGGCAACCGUGGUUAUUCACAGCUGGUGCUGAUUCAGUGAUCAGGCUUUACUGUCAUUGAGAAUAUUGAAGAUGAAGCCAUCAGUGCUAACUUAUGACGGUUGAAAGAAAUUUCAACUUUGUUGGAGGAAGCGAGGACUGAAAUAUGGAUGUCCUCUCGAAAGGAAGGUCGAUAUUAUACACAGGACGGUAUUCUUUACAUGAAUUUUUUUUAUUGUCCUGGUCUUGCUUACAUGACAUCUUCCAUUUCAGUAUUUAGAUGAUCAUGUUUUUGACUGCCGUGUAACAUAAUUUGAGUUGGAUUCUAAGACGCUACAACUUUUUAGUUUGAAACUCGGAUAUUCAUUGUAAUAUUAGGAGUAUAAAAUGACGUCGUUUGAUUGCUUAUUGAAAA